GUGGGGAAAUAGUAAAAGAUGGUAGGGGAAUUUAAUGGAAAGGGGAGUUUUUUUGGUAUCGCAUAUAUGACUCCUCUAUGUUCGCCCAAAUCGAUAAUACGUUGGAAACUGUUGAUAUCAUAUGAAUGUUUGCUGUAAACAAUUAUUUUCUCUGAUCUUUUUCACUUUUAAUAAAUUUAAAUUUUCUGUUCUGCAAAAAAGCGAUGCAGAGUGUUAUUAAUUCUGUAAAAGGUACUGCGCUUGGUGUUGCCGAAUACUUAACCCCUGUAUUAAAGGUAUGCUUGACCAUACAAAUCUAUAUUUUUAAAAUAAAUAUUAUUGAAUACAGCAAAGAACAAGAAUGCAUUAUAGAAGCAGAUGAUCCAGAAGGUGGUUGGGUUGAUACACAUCAUUAUGACACGAGUCUUAGUGGAAUUGAAGAAAGAGUAACUGAAAUGACAUUAGACGAAACACAACUUUCUCAAUCAAUUGGUACAGAGGAAAAUAAUGGAGAGGAAAAUGAUGAUGAUGAUGAUAAUGAUGAUGAUGAUGAUGAUGAAGAUGCUGCAGAUAUGGAAGCUUUUGAAGUCAGUGGAAUGCUAGAUGAAGAAGAUAAGUAUGCAGCAAAAAUUACAAAAAAACCAAUCAAAGAUAAAUGGGAAUCAUUUUCUGAAGGAGAAAUUAUUCACACACGUACAUACGAUUUAUAUAUUACAUAUGAUAAAUAUUAUCAGACACCUCGAUUAUGGCUUUCAGGAUAUGAUGAGAAUCGUAAGCCUUUGACAGUAGAAGAGAUGUAUGAGGAUGUUAGUCAGGAUCAUGCUAAAAAAACUGUUACAAUGGAGAUACAUCCUCAUAUACCUGGACCAUUAAUGGCUUCAGUUCAUCCAUGCAGACAUGCUGAAGUAAUGAAGAAAAUUAUUGAAACUGUAAUGGAAGGUGGUCGUGAACUUGGAGUACAUAUGUAUCUUAUAAUAUUUCUUAAAUUUGUGCAAUCUGUAAUUCCUACAAUUGAAUAUGAUUAUACACAAAAUUUUAUGCUAAAUGCUUCUGGUUAAAAAUUUUGUGAACUUUCAUUGUAUUUUAAGGAUGAACGUGAUUUUAGUUUAUAAGCUCAUAAUAAGUAAUAGUAUUAAAAGGAUUGUGUGAAAUAUAUAAUAAGUAUAAUAAUAAGUAUAUUUCAGUUCAGAAAAUUAUGUCUAUACAUGUAUAAAAUAUUUAAAUAUAAAAUCAAAUUUGACUGAUUUUAUGUAUUA